AGGAGGAUGGCCCCCGCGGAAGCUCUGAUUCUAGGGGCCCUGGCUCUGGCCUCCACGCCGAGCCCCUGUGGGGGCGGAGACAUCGUGGCGUGGGACCAUGUGGGCACUUAUGGCACAAAUGUUUACCAGACGUAUGGCGCCUAUGGCCAGUUCACAUAUGAAUUUGACGGAGAUGAGCUGUUCUACGUGGACCUGGAAAAGAGGGAAACUGUGUGGCGGCUGCCUGAGUUCAGCAAUUUCACCAAGUUUGAAACUCAGAAUGCCCUGCAAAACAUUGUUGUGGCAAAAAGAAAUUUGGACACCUUGAUAAAAGAUUCCAACUUUACGCCUGCCACCAAUGAAAUUCCUGAAGUGUCUGUGUUUCCCAAAUCUCCCGUGACCGUGGGUGUUCCCAACACCCUCAUCUGUCUGGUGGACAACAUCUUCCCUCCUGUGAUCAACAUCACUUGGUUUUACAACGGACACUCCGUUGCAGAAGGUGUUGCUGAGACAACCUUCUACCCCAAGAGUGACCACUCUUUCCUCAAGCUCAGUUACCUCACUUUUCUUCCCGCCGCUGAGGAUUUCUACGACUGCAGGGUGGCACACUGGGGCCUGGAAGAGCCGCUCCUCAAGCACUGGGAGCCUGAGAUUCCAGUCCCCAUGUCAGAGCUGACAGAGACUGUGGUCUGCGCCCUGGGGCUGGCCGUGGGCCUCCUGGGCAUCGUGGCGGGCUCCGUGCUAACCAUCCGCGGGCUGCACGCAGGGGCUGCCUCCAGGAGCUGGAGGACCACAUGAGUCUCAGCCUGGGAAAUGGGAAGGUCAUCAGUCUUUAUAAGAAAGAAGAGGAAUGGUUCAGACUCAGUUCCCUGUCUUGGCCUUGAUGUAUGACCUAGACCUGCUCCCUGCUCCUUCCUCAGCCUCCUCAUCUCCCCGCUGGAGUGGAACUUGUGGCAUGUUUUUUCUUCAGAGACCACUGACCUUUAUGAAUUCUUUCUACUCAGGUUUCAUUCAUCUCCUACCCUUCACAGAAAGACCUCGACCAUUCUACCCAGCCACCUGAUUCUUAGUCACUCUAAUUCAGUAUCUGUACUGAAAAAAAUUGUAUCUCUUUCCUGGGUAUCUUUGUUUAGAGUAGUGGUUCUCAACCUUCCUAAUGCCGCAACCCUUUAAUACAGUUCCUCAUGAUGUGGUGACCCCCAACCAUAAAAUUAUUUUUGUUGCUACUUCAUAACUGUAAUUUUGCUACUGUUAUGAAUCGUAAUGUAAAUAUCUGAUAUGCAGGAUGUCUUAGGCGACCCCUGUGAAAGGGUCGUUCGACCCCCAAAGGAGUCGCAACCCACAGGUUGAGAACAGCUGGUUUAGAGUAUAAUUUUCUCUAAAUGGAUAAGCAUGGGAGACCUCAUGCUGGAAUGUUAGCAGAUGUCUCAGCUCAUUUAACCUCUUUCUCGGGUCAUGUUAAUAAUACACAGUCAAC